AAUACCGAACAGUUUAUGUUUGCACUCUUUUACCUACUGCUGAGAACCACUGGACUAUGGGGUUUGAUAAUCAGCAAAGAAAUAUUGGAUUUUGGCAACGAUUUCGACCAAAAUGAAGUUGAUGCUGCUUUCCAACGGGUAUACCUCCAAUAUGAAGGCUCUGCGGAACCCCAAGCGACUUGGAAACCCCAAGCGACGUGGAAACCCCAAGCGACUUGGAAAUCCCAAGUGAAGAAAUCUCAGACUUUGUUAUCGCCAUCAGAAUCAGUCAUCUUAGAUGAAUUUGAUGACAUAUACAAAAGUUACCGAGCUCUAUUAGUUUCUGACAAUUACGUAAAAACUAACACCGCUAUAUCCAAGUAUGUCAAAGCCCUGUCUAAAGACGCUACAUAUUAUUACAAAAUACUAGACCAAAGUCCUGAUAGAAAAGUACUUUGGCCAGAAGCAGCCAAGGAAAAAUCUUCGGGUGCUUUAAAUACACAGUUUCAAAACUUGCUAAAACUUGCAUUAGCUUAUGGUACUAAAGGAACAUAUUAUUAUAAAGAUGUGGUUCUCCUUUCAAACAUAAAAGACUGUUUAGAGUUCUUGGUAUCGCCAAGACGGUAUGAUGGGAAGGUGCGAUACGGCAACUGGUGGAAUUGGCAAGUCGCAAUACCGACAAGGUUUCUUGAUAUUCUAGUAAUAAUUAAAAAAAAACUAAAAGUUGAAAAAUUAAAAAAGUACACAGAUAUUAUUAGUACUUACGUUCCCGAUCCAUACCGUAAAUUUAACAGCACGCUUGGAAAUAAAAUGUAUCCAAUUGAAUUCUCUAACAAUAAGGCAUCAAGUUCGCAGAUAGUUGAACUAGCGAGAGUUGUACUAGGCUUGGGUAUUUUGCAAAAGAACUUCACAAAAAUAUCUGAAUCAUUAGACAGCAUUGUCAAAGUAAUGGAAUCGGUAUCUGAAUCAGAUGGGUUUUACAAAGACGGCUCCUAUAUUGAACAUAAAGAUAUUCCUUACACCGGAUCGUAUGGAAAUGAGUUAGUUAAGAAAAUGGGUGAAAUUCUUGAAAUUACACAAAGAUCUACAUUUGCUAUUCCUCGCGACCAAGUAGAUCCUAUUGUAAAAUGUGUAGAGCGCGCUUUCCUACCCCUCAUUUAUCGGGGAGAAAUGAUAGCAACAGUCAGAGGUCGAGAAGUUUCUAGAGAACCUUCAUCUUUAAAUCCUUUAAAAGGAUCCCACGUCAUGUACACUUUAUUGACUGUAGCAACAUUCGCAUCAGCUAAGGAUAAGAAAAAACUGAAAGAAUCGGUAAAGUACUGGACAAAACAGAAUCAGGAUUACUAUUUAUUAACAGCAAGAACGUACAAUGACUUAGUAUUGAUGACCAGUUUAUUAAAUGAUCCCAGCAUCGAGGGAGAUAAGUUCCCAUUUGUUGGAGCUAAAAUGUAUGCAUCAAUGGAUCGCUUUGUUCAACAAACUGUCAAAUACACAUUGGGUAUAAGUUUAUACUCCAACCGUAUUUCAGCGUUUGAAGCAGGAAAUUUUGAGAAUAAACGCGGAUGGCACACCGCUGAUGGUGCUGUAUAUCUAUACAAUUACGAUGACGUUCAAUUUAGGAAUGCCUAUUGGCCAACAGUUGAUCCAUAUAGAAUUCCAGGGACAACAGUUGAUACUAUGGAGCUGAUGGAUGAAUUGACAAGUUGGCAGUCCUUUGUAUCCAAGGCAAAGUGGGUCGGUGGUGUAGCCAACGGCAAUCAAGCGGUGGUCGGAAUGAAUUUAAAUAAAGAAGGCUUUAAAAAUAAUAACCAAUUAACACCAAUGAAUCUCAAAGGAAGGAAAUCUUGGUUUGUAGUAGAAGGGCAAAUUAUUGCAUUGGGUUCUGGAAUUACUGCAAACACGACAGCAUCCAUAGAAACUAUUGUAGAGAAUCGACUUUUAAAUGAUAGAUAUAAAUAUGAAGUUUGGUCAGAUAAAGGUCAAAUUAACGCAGGGCCAAAAAGACAUUCUGUAAACUGGUUACUACUCCAAUCAAGUAAUCAACGUUCAAGUAUUGGUUAUUAUUUCCCUAAUAAAGAAACAGUAGAUAUAAUAUUUGAACAACGAAGAGGAACUUACAGAGAUCUAAAUGAAAAAUAUUCAAGAACUAAUUUUGCAUACCCAGGUACUUAUUGCAAAUUUAUAAUUAAUCAUGGAUACGAACCAUUCUAUGCUAACUAUGCGUAUGUAUUACUGCCAGGAGUCACGAAAUCUGAAUUAAAGGAGUACGCAAGCAGAGCAACUGUGAACAUUCUCAAGAAUUCAGCUCAAACUCAAGCUGUUGAAAUUAAAAGCGAAGGUUAUUUAGGUAUUAAUAUUUGGAGCGAAUCAGGUGGUAUAAUAGAAGGAAUAAGUAGUAAUAAACCUGUAUGUAUUAUGAGACAAACUAAUGAUUGCGAACAUAAAUAUAUCUUGUCAGAUCCAUCGCAAACAGACCAAGUAAUAACAAUAAAAAUACCAGACUUUUCUAGAAUAGUAACGAUGUGUAAGGGAAUAGAAUACGAUGUAAUAAAUAAAGAGUUUGUAAUAGAUUUCUCAAAAGCUAGAGGGGCCAGCAAGCAGUUUAUUGUCGAGGUUUUAGAAGAAUCAACGGAAUCGGGCGAGAUAAUUACAAUGUCAUUAAUUUAGCUUGAUUAAUGAUAUUGAUACUUGACUUAUAAGAUUUUUGAUAGUUCAACAAUCUCGCACCAGUUGUUAUACCCUUAAACUCAUCUUUAUCUACUAUAAGUACAAAUAUCUUCGUGCAA